UGAAGGAUAUGAUGACGAUGAUGAGCCGCCGCCUCAAAGUAGAAAAAGACCCAAUGUAUCUACCGGAAGUGGAAGCGGUACUGGUAGUGUUGGUAGUGUUAAAGGGCCAACACAAAAGGGUCCACUUGAUGUUUUUCUUAAAGACCCAGAAGUUAAUGUGUUGAAAAGCAAAGGCAAAGGAAAGCAAACAAGGUUGGGUGAAAAUGAUUUUGCAAAAAAAGAGUUAAGUGCUUGAGUUUGUAAAAGCAUUGCACGAUGGAUGUAUGAUGCAGGCAUUCCAUUCAAUGCAGUGACAUAUGACAGUUUUAAAGUAUUUAUAGAAGCAGUUGGUCAGUAUGGUCCAGGUGUGAAGCCGCCUAGUUACUAUAAAGUCAAGGUUCCCCUUCUCAAACAAGAUGUGGAAGCCACUCAUGAAAUGAUGAAAGAUCAUGAAGAGGCGUGGGCCAAAUAUGAAUGUUCCAUUUUGUUAGAUGGCUGGAAAGACAAGAGGGAAAGAACAUUGAUUAACUUUUUUAGUCAAUUUUCCUAAACGAAGUAUGUUUUUGGAGUUUGUUGAUGGUUCUAGCUAUUCAAAGACUGGGGAAAAGAUGUUUCAAUUAUUAAGUAAAUGUGUGGAAAAGAUUGGAGUAAGAAAUGUGGUGCAAGUGAUCACCGAUAGUGCUUCAAACAAUGUUUUAGCAGGUAUGAAAUUUAUUUUUUGUAAUUUGUAUUAUGUUUAUAAAUAAAACAAUUUGAAUAUUUAUUAGAUAUUUAUUAUUUACUAAUAUCUUGUUAAUUUCACUCUAAAUAAUAACAGGGAGAUUUUUGGAGGCAAAAUAUCCUACGUUGUUUUGGACACCAUGUGCAGCGCACUGCUUGGAUUUAAUGUUAGAAGAUAUUUUCAAGUUGGCUAACAUGAAGAAGACAUUUGAGAGAGCUGUUAUGGUGAAUAGCUACAUUUAUACUUGUUCGGGUCUAGUAAACAUGCUUAGAAGGUUUACUGACAAGAAAGAGUUGUUGAAGCCUGCAAAAACACGGUUUGCAACUGCCUUUAUCACUUUGGGCAGGAUGCAUAGUCUGAAAAGCAACCUUAGAAGGAUGUUUACCUCCGAGGAAUGGAUGACAAGCAAGUGGGUAAAAGAAGCGGGGGCUAAAAAGGUUGUAGAAGUGAUUUUGAUGCCUUCAUUUUGGAACAAUGUUGUAUAUGCUUUAAAGGUGGCUGGUCCAUUGGUGCGUGUACUACGCUUAGUGGAUGGUGAGAAGAAGCCGGCUAUGGGAUACAUAUAUGAGGCCAUGGAUAGGGCCAAAGAAGCGAUUGCUAACUCUUUUAAUGGGGAUGAAAAGAAGUAUACACCCAUUUUUCAGAUCAUUGAUAAUCGAUGGGAUGUUCAGCUUCACCGCCCCCUGCACGCUGCUGGUUGGUACUUGAACCUAGAAUAUUUCUACAAGGCUGAACGUAUAGAUCCAGAGAUCAUGACUGGCUUAUAUGAAUGCAUUAGAAAAUUAAAUCCAGAUGUAAAGGUUCAAGACCAAAUUGAUACGGAGCUUUCGAUGUAUAGCAAGGCAGAUGAGUUCUUUGGAAACUAUAUGGCUAUUAGAAAGAGAGCUGAGAAAUCACCAGGUACACACAUAUAUAUAUUACAUUAUAUAUAUAAUCAUUCUAGAUAAUAGAUAAUAAUUAACC